CCAGGCAGAGAUCAGAGAAGCACCCACUCCCAAGAUGCUGACACCCUGCCUGCUGAGAAGAGUGGUCCUCACAGUUCCUUUAGUCCUUGUGGUUGCACUGCUUCUCGUGGAGCCUAUUAGGUCUGACCAAGAAGCAGGAACAGCCAUACCAGCUGAAAGUCGUCCCUGUGUUGACUGCCAUGCUUUUGAGUUUAUGCAGAGGGCUCUGCAGGAUCUAAAGAAGACAGCCUAUAACCUAGACACACGGACAGAGACUCUGCUUCUUCAAGUGGAAAAGAGAAACCUUUGCGACUGUGUCACUGCAAAUCUGCUGAACUGA